AUGGACUCAGCAUCUAGCACGGCAUCUGACCAGAUCCUUUCUGACUCUCAGAGCCCCUCGCCUGAAUCCACAAAUGCAUCGACGCCGUUCAGUCCCAGCGUGGUGGACUUUCCGAAGCUUGCUGCGUUAACCGCUGAUGAAGUGGUUGAAGAAGUGGUGGCGGUUGUUCAGCCAGAACAGGAGGGUGUGAAGAACAUCUGCUGCGUUGGCGCGGGGUAUGUUGGAGGACCAACUGCCGCCGUCAUUGCCUUCCAGAACCCAGGCAUUCGGGUGACAGUCGUCGACAAGGAUGCCGCGAGGAUCCGCAAAUGGAACUCACAACAUCCUCCUAUCCACGAGCCGGGCCUGAACGAGAUCGUGCGAGUCGCCCGCGAUGGCACGAACGCCGCAACCAUCGCUAUAGAAGGCGGGGAUACCGUCGAGCUCCCGGCUCGGCAGUCCAACCUCUUCUUCUCAACGGACGUGGCACGUUGUGUUUCCGAGGCCGAUAUUGUCUUUCUGAGCGUUAAUACUCCCACCAAGUACACCGGUAUUGGCGCGGGCGCGGCGACUAACAUGGUUGCAUUGGAAGGUGCCACCAGAGAUAUCGCCAUCGCUGCCAAGCCGGGUGCAAUUAUUGUGGAGAAGAGUACGGUGCCUUGCAGGACGGCUCAGAUCGUCCGAGAUACGCUUGAAGUCCACAGACCAGGAGUCCCUUUCGAGAUCCUCUCGAAUCCAGAGUUCCUUGCAGAAGGGACUGCAAUUAAAGAUCUCCUCAACCCGGAUCGUAUCUUGAUCGGGAGUUCGCAGACGGAAUCCGGGCUCGCAGCAGCAGCCGCUCUCAAAGACGUCUAUGCUGCGUGGGUCGAUCGCUCUAAAAUCGUCACGGUCAACCUCUGGUCCUCGGAGCUUUCGAAACUCGUGGCAAAUGCCAUGCUUGCGCAGAGGAUUAGCUCUAUCAACAGCAUUAGUGCGAUUUGCGAGCAGACCGGUGCCGAUGUUGAUGAGCUCGCCAAGGCCAUUGGCCUUGAUAUGCGUCUGGGCCCAAAAUUCCUGAAAGCUGGGCUCGGCUUCGGCGGCUCCUGCUUCAAGAAAGAUAUCCUCUCCCUUGUCUAUCUCGCUCAGACGCUUCACCUCGAUGAGGUGGCCGAGUACUGGACACAGGUCCUCACCAUCAACGAGUACCAACGCAACCGCUUCGUCCAGCGAGUCGUGCGAAAUCUGCACGGCACCCUCAUCGGUAAGAAGAUCACGAUCUUGGGAUAUGCGUUCAAGAAGGACACCAGCGAUACUCGCGAGUCGCCUGCGGUCGAGGUCGUCAAGACCCUGCUGGCGGACAAUCCUGCCGAGAUUGCCAUCUUCGACCCGAAAUGCAACCCGGAGAACGUUAAAGACGAGAUCAAGCAUCUCUUCGCCACUACCGACACCGCUGACUCGCACAAAGUCUACAAAGACGCUUAUGAUGCCUCUGCCGACUCCAGCGCCAUUCUGAUCCUCACCGAAUGGGACCAGUUCCACUAUCCACCACUCACACAAAAGGAUUCUGCAUUCCACAAAUCCGACGCUCCGCCUCAGCUGAACAGCACCAGACCGCAAAAGCAAGCGACCCUCGAAGCCGAAGCAGCCCUCGAAGCCGACGCGGCACUUGCUCCAGCCCCCUACGGUGCCGAGCAGCGCUACCUGCCCGAGCCGCCCUGCGCGGAGGGGUGCCGCGACUGCGAGCGCGGUAGUGUGGAAGAGGUGAUUGCAAGCGAGAACGUCGAGUGGGCGCGAAUCGCGUACGGAAUGAAGAAGCCAAAGUGGGUGUUUGAUGGCCGGGGUAUAGUCGAGGUUGCGGAGAUGGAGAAGUUAGGAUUUCGCGUUGAGGCAAUUGGGAGGGCAGGCAGUAGGAGUCGCUUGCAUGGCUUUGAUGCAUAAAUUGCUCUUGACUUCUUCGUCUUGAUCGAGAAGUCAGUCGAUCUUAGAAGAAAGAAGACUUGUUGCAGAGAGUGGGCGAAGAAUGGAGUAUAGGUGCUGUAUGGUAUGUUACGGCUGGAAGG